AUGGACACAAUUCAUGGCGAUGCAGCAGAUUUAGAGAAGACUUUACAACAACUCCAGAAGCAGCUCAACAAGAAACAACAGUUUGAAGAAUCGGUUUCCACCAUUAAAUCCCUUCUCCAAAAGUUGUAUUCAUCUGCUUCUCCUUCUAUCCAAAAUUUGUUCUACACUGUAAUUUGUCGGACUGCAACUGUUCUGAAAACAAGAUACACGUCUCCUGGAUUUUGGAAUGCUGGGUUAGCGCUGUUCAUAGAGGCUGAACAACUGAUAUCUGGAACAGCAGAGAAGAAGCAUUUGCUCAGUUGCAUUGCUCAAGCCAGGGAGCAUUUGGGUGAAGUAGAAAAUCGGUCUGAAGAUGUGGUUCCUGCACAAACUAGGACUAACAGAGGAUUUCUAUUCGAGGGACAUCUUACUGUGGACCCCGAACCUCCACAGCCAGAUUGGCUGGUGCAGUCAAACCUUUUGACAGCGGCUGCUACCUUAUUUUCUGGUGAAUCUUCCGAUGGCCAAGCAGGCAGGACACCAGAAGAAGCUACCGAUAUGGUUCGCCGGCUUGUAGAAAGACUUGAUGAAAUUGUGCCAAUGAUCUUAGAUGAUGGACCUGUUGCACCAAGAGCACCACCUGCCAGCAAAGAGCUGGUGGCGAAGCUUCCAGUUACAAUUGUUACAGAAGAAAUCCUGCUGAAGCUGGGUAAGGAUGCUGGGUGCGCCAUUUGUACAGAGAAUUUGGUGCUUAAUGACAAGAUGCAGGAGCUACCUUGCAAGCAUGUCUUUCAUCCCGCCUGUUCUAAGCCUUGGCUGGAUGAACAUAAUUCUUGCCCCGUCUGUCGCUUUGAACUGCAAACUGAUGAUCAUGCCUAUGAAAGUUGGAAAGAACGAGAGAAGGAGGCUGAAGAAGACAGGAAAGGUGCUGCAAAUGCUAUUCGUGGGGGAGAAUACAUGUAUGUCUAG